AUGGCGUUCCGCGCGCAAAGCCUGCGAAAUCUAAGCCGACCAGCGGUCUCCAACCUAACCGCACAAUCCUCUCGAUCAGGAAUUUCCCGCACAAUCCAGCGAAAUGCCUGCACGCUCUAUCAACACCGCGGACAACCCGCUCAAAGCCAAACAGCCCCAACUCGACCACAACCAUCUACCCCAACAGUCUCGCCUUCACUUUAUUCCCGAUUCGCAUCUACAAAGUCCGGCAUCGACACAGCAGCCGGCGAAUCAUCUCUAGCCGGCGCCCCAGAUAUAACAAACUACUACACGAUCUUCCCGCGCUCAAUUCCAUCCGGCCCACCCCCAUCCUCCCCCUUCGAGAUCUCCAUCACCGAUCUCCGCCGCGAAUUCCUCCAACUCCAAGGCCUGAUCCACCCAGACAAAUACCCCUCCGGCGACGUAAAACAGCACGCCGAAGCCCUCUCCGCCCGCAUCAACGAGGCGUACCGCACCCUCGCCGACCCGCUCCUGCGCGCGCAGUACCUCCUCCGCGAAUGGCAUGGCAUCGAUGUGACAGCCGAAGACGGCGCGACGAAGCACGCGCUCGACCCGCAGACUUUGAUGGAGGUCAUGGAAGUGCAGGAGACUAUUGAGGAGGUGGGCGCGAGCCCGGAGGCGGAAGCGGAGAUUGAGGCGCUGAAGCAGGAGAAUGAUAUGCGGAUUAUGGUUUGCGUGGGGGCUUUAUCGGGGGCAUUUGACAAGGGAGAUAUUGAGGGUGCUAGGAUGGAGUGUAUUCGUUUGCGAUUCUGGUAUAGUGUUGGUGAGGGCUUGCGGGAGUGGGAGCCUGGUAGUACGCAGAUUCGUCUUGUGCAUGGUCAGUGA